AUGUCUAGUGAAGAAAAGAUUGAAGAAACACAGCAACAACAACAGGAAUCAGUUCCUGUUAAGGAACUCUUGUUGAAAGUUCAAUUACCAUCAUUUUUUAAUGUUGGUGAUGAUUAUUUGACUAUUCCAUCAAGUUAUGAAGAAAAUAUUGCUGAUUUAAAACAAGCAUUAAAUAUAAUUGUUUUAUGUAGAAAUUUAACUAAUUAUUCAAUAUUAAUUAAAGGAAUUGAUAUUAUUGAAAAUUUUGGGGAAUUAAUUACUUUUGAACAAAUUAUUUCUCAUUUUGAAUUAGAUAAACAAGAAGAACAAGAAGAACAAGGACAAGAAAGAGAAAUUUCGGAAUUAAAAAUUGUUAUUAAAGAAAAAUCAUAUAAUUUGGCCAGUAUUUAUGAACAAAUUAGUAGAUUUAGAGAAGUUAUUGGUUUACAUUAUAUUGACAGACUUUCAAAUGAUAUUGGUUCUUGUGGUGGUGUUUCGAAAUUUAAUGGUAUACAAUUAGAUGAUAUUAAACCUAAAGAAGCAAAGAAAGAAGAAUCAACUGAAAAAGAACAACAAGAAAAAGAAGAAUUAUCUAUUCUGAAAGAAGAAGUAUCGAAAAUUUCUGAUUUUGCUAAACAAUUCAUUUCUGAUUCAUUUGAUGGGAAUGAUUUCACUAAACUUACUAAAUUUGAUGAUAUUAAUGGUAAAGUUAAAAUUCCUAUCAAAUCAUUAACUAUUUCUCAAUGGUCACCAGUUCCACCUUUCCAGCAAGCAAAAGGUGAUUUAUUAUAUUUAUCUUUACAAACUUUAGAACAUGAAACAUUCAAUAUUACUUGUCAUUUUUCAGGUUUUUUCGUUAAUAAAUCAUCAACCAUUAAUUUCAACCCAACGAUUAAAAUUAAUGAAAAAGGUAAAUUUAAUAAAUCAUAUUUAUUAUAUGAUUUAGUAUGUCAAUUAUCACCACUUUUCAGUAAAACCAUUGCUGAAAAUGAAAUCAAUUUAUCUGAUUCAACCAAAUACCCAGAAACUUAUUUAUUACCAGGAAAUUCUUUCCCUGCUUAUCCAUGGUUAGUCAAUGAAAAAGAUCUUCAAAACGUCCCUGAUUUAUCUAGAUCUCAAUUAUCAUCUUUAAUUAAUGGUGUUGAUGGAGCCGAUUAUAUUAAAGAUUGGAAUAAUGAUAUUCAAUCAAUUAAAGAAUUACCAACAACUACCGUUCAAGAACGUAUAAUUAGAGAAAAAUUAAUUCAAAAAUCAUUAUUUGAAUUUAAUAAAACUGCUACUGAAACCGCUAUAAAUAUCAUUAAGGGGAAUAUUCCUCCUUUAAAUCCUGAUGAAAGUUCAGAUAAAUUUAUUUAUUUAAGAAAUGGGAUUUUUUAUUCAAGUGGUACUUCAACAGUUAAUGGAUUUGAAAAUACUGGUGGUGAAGAAGCUUCAAGAUAUGUUGCAUCUAAAGAUUUAACCGGAAUAAAAUUGAUUAAUCGUCAUGAUAUUAGAGGUAUUUCUAGUUUGGUUACUUGUAUUGUCGAUUAUAUGGGUAAAAGAGUUGUUUGUCAAGCUCCAGUUCCAGGUAUUUUAGAUACUCCAGUAAUCACAUCACCAACAACCGAUGCUGAAGGUAAAAAUGAAGCUGAAGAACCAGAAUCAGAACCAGUAGAAAAAGUUGUUUAUGGGUUAUCAAGUGAUGGCUCAAGGAUUCUUGAAGAUAAAUCAUUUGAAGAACCAUUAAAACAAAUUGGUGAUUUUUUCCAUUUAAAACCUCAUAAAGUUCAAUUAUCAUCAUCAUCUUCUGGUGAUGAUGUUAAAACAGAAUCAAAUUUAGUUGUUUCAAAAGAUACUAAAGGGUUAAAAGGAACCGAUGGAAGAAAAUAUGUCAUUGAUUUAUAUCGUACCACACCUCGUGAUAUUGAAUUUAUUGAACAACAUUUCAAAUUAGAUGAUGACCACCAAGAAACUUCUUAUCCUCAUGGUGAAGCAUUGAUUAGACAUGAAGCAGUGAAUGAAUGGUGGAGACGUAAAGUUGCCGUAUUAUUUAAAAAAGAAACUGAACAAUUGGAAAAAGAAGGUAAAUUAUUGGAUAAAAACCAAGACCAAGACCAAGAAAAUAAACCACAAAUUGCUAUUCCUACUGAUCAAGUUGUUUUCAAUCCUGAUGCAUUUUCUUCUGAUAAUGAAAAUGAAAUUGAACAAGAUCGUGAAGAAGUUAGAGAAAUUUCUAAAUUUAUUAAAGAAAAAUUAAUUGAAGAAUUUUUGGAUGAAAUUAAAGAUCAAGUUAUUCCUUUUGAUGGUCAACAAUUGACUGAUGUUUUACAUAGAAGUGGUAUUAAUAUGAGAUAUUUGGGUUAUGUUGCUGAACGGUUGGUUGUUAAAAAGGAAAAACAUUUAGUUGAUCUUGAAGAACUUAUUAAAGAAAAUGAAGCAAAAGCAGAAAAGAAACGUGAAGAAGAAAAAGAAAAAGAAGAAAAGGAAGCCACUGAAUCUGAAGAUAAGAAGGAAAAGAAGGAAGAUAAGGAGGAUGCCGAAAAAGAAGAAGCUGAAGCUGAAGAAGAAGUUCCAACUAAAGCUACUUAUCAAUUAACUUUGGCAAACUAUUCUACUCUUCAUAGAAUUAUCAUUCAAGAAAUGAUUUCAAGAUCUGUUAAACAUAUUUUAAGAAAUUUAACCAAAUCACUUCCAAGUUAUUUGAUUUCCACUGCAAUUGCUCAUUUCCAUAAUUGUUUAUUUGGAGGUGCAAUUAAUCCAACUCCAAAAGUUGAUUUUAUUGAUGAAAUUUAUAAAAAUUUUUGCUCAAAAUCAGAUUUAGAAUCAUUCAUUAAAUUAACUCAUGAUGACGUUAUAAAAUUAGUUUCUAAAGAAGUUUUCUCAAGAUUUAGAUAUAAAUUAUCCUCAAAUUGGAUUAAUACUAUUCAAUUACCACAAUUGUUUAGAGAAAUUGCAUUUAAAUAUGGUAUUCAAUGGAAAUCUCAAAAUUAUCCAUUCACCAAAGAGGAAUUUGAACUUCAAAAUAACCAAAACAAGGAAACUCCAACUCAAAUUCAAAUAAUUGAAACUAAAUCUUCAAAGAAAUCGAAAAAGAAAACUCAAACUCAAGUCAUCACUGAAAAAUCUAUUCAACGUUCAUCAAUUUUCAUUGCUGAUGAUAUUAUUGGAUUCAUACCAAUUAUUAAAGAUUCAAGUUAUAAAAGUACUAUUGUUGAAGAAAUUUAUAGUAAUGCUCGUUCUCAUUUAGUUCAAGGCAACAAGGAAAUGGGUAUGGCUUUAUUUAAUGAAUUACUUGCAAUUAAUGAAUCCAUUUAUGGUAAAGUUAAUCCCGAAACUGCCAAAUUUUAUAAUUUAGUGGCUCAAGUUUAUCAAGAAUUAGGUUAUGAUAUUGAAGCAGCUUUAAUUGGUCGUAAAGCAGUAAUAUUAUGUGAAAGAUCUUGUGGAUUUGAUUCUUAUGAUACCAUCACGGCAUAUAUGAAUUCAGCUUAUUAUGAAUCUUCAAAUGAACAAUAUUUGAAUUCAUUAAAAUUAUAUAAGGAAGCUAUGAAUACUUGGUCAUUGGUUUAUGGGAAAGAUCAUCCUACUUUGAUUAAUACAUUGACUAAUUUAUCAGAAUCAUUACUUAAAAUUAAAGCUUAUGAUAGUGCCCUUGAAUUAUUACAAGAAGCAUUAGAAAUUACAAAAAAAUUAAAUGGGGAAAUUUCUGAAAUUACUGGAUUCAUUUAUUAUAGAAUUGCUAAUAUUGUGGUUACUUUGAAUAAAUUUAAAGAAUCAAAAGAACUUUUCGAUAAAGCUUAUGAUAUUUUUAUGAAAUUAUUAGGUCCUGAUGAUUCAAUGACUAAACAAGUUGCUAAAUAUGUUUCUAGUGUUGGAUUAUAUGUUGAAUAUUUAAAAAGACAACAACAACAACAACAACAAGAAACUCAAAAGAAAUCUAAAACUAAAACUAAAGCAGCACCUGUCAACAAUAUUGCUACUACCAGUACUUCGACCACCAAAAAUGGUAAAAAAUCAAAGAAAAACAAUACUCCACCUCAAUCAAAUCCAGAAAUUGCUAAUCAAUCCAUUGAUGAGAUUUUAAGAUUUAUUGAAGGUAAACCACUGGGUUCUAAAAAAUCCAACAAAAAGAAGUAA